AAGACAGCGAUCGGAGAUCAGAGAUGGCGGGCGCCUCCGACCCCCUGGAAGAUAUGCUAUUUUCCGAGGUGGACGAGAAGGCUGUGAGCGACUUGGUGGGCUCGCUGGAGUCUCAACUCUCUGGCCAGAGCAACAAAGCAGACGAGAGCCGAGGCGCUGGGUCGGUUGCCCCCGCUAACCAUCACUUGGGGAAAACGCUAGCAGCUCCGGUGGGCUCCACAACAGUGGAUCAACAACAACAACAAGGGCGCCGCUAUAAAGCGGACAUGCACCAGGAUUUCAACUCUAAAGAUGAUAAAACUGUCACAUCGCCUUCCCUGGGUUGCACUCCUUCUUCCGGCGAGCCCUCCGUUGCUUCGGCUCCAGCUGCCAGCAACAGCGGCUCUCAAUCACAUGGAGCAUCCAUCACAACACCAACCGCGUCCGCCGGCGUGUCAGCUUCCCCGCCGGCCAACAUCAGCACCGCCGAAGCCGGGCUCCCCUCCAAGGCUUCCCCGGGCUCGGGCGAGUCUUUGGCGGACGCAAACCCUGCGAAAAGACGGCCAGCCACCCUGCGACGGAGCGCCUCGGUUCGGAUUAAGAGUUUAAACGGCGCCGCCGUGACCACCAGACGGAACAGCGAGGACAGCACCACAGUGGACGCUGUUAGCUCCACGCCGAACUGCACCCGACCGGUGAGCACAUCCAUCAACACAUCAACGUUCACCCUAGCCAACGCCAGCUUGCCUGCGGGUCAGUCGGCCAUUGCCCUCGACCGGGGGACCCCGACCAUCGCCUUGCAGAGACUCCCCAGUCACAUAAUGGCCAGCAUCGCCCAGAACGGGACCAGCGUGUCGGCGAUGUCCCAGCAGGGCUCCCGGACCUCACCGGUCACCUCCCCUUCCUCCCCAUCGCCACCUGCCCAGGAGAACCACAAAAAAGCUGAGUCUGCAGGGGCUUCCAGCACAGAUGAAUGUCAGUCCAAAGUUGUCCCAUCCAGCUCUGUCAUAAACACAGUUUCCACUGUUGCCAUGACGACGACAACAGCUGCCACCACCGCCACCACCACCACAACUAGUCAACCCCUGACAACCACCAUUUCUAGCACCACGACAACCGCCACCACCGCCGCGGUGACCGCCCCCAUAACGGCAAGCUGCGUAAGCGGUCAAACCACGUCGGUGACCACGACGAUUAGCACGGUCCGGCCUGCCGCCGCCUCGCCGACAGCACAGGCUCAGACGCGGCUGACAGCGCCUCAAAGACUGGUGGCGCCACAACUUAUUGUCAGACCACCUCAGCAGCAGACGACCAUCCAGCUGCCCCCCGGGUUCACCAUCCCACCCGGCAUGGUGUUGGUCCGGACCGAGUUAGGCCAGCUGGUGUUGAUCCCUCAGCAGGCCUUGGCUCAAGCUCAAGCCCAGGCUCAGGCUCAGGCCCAGGCCCAGGCCCAGGGUCAGACCCAGAAUAGCAUCUCGCCGCGACCUGCCACUCCCACCACGGGCGCAACCUUCAGGGUUACGACGCCACAGUCUACAGCGACCUCUCAGACCACCAGGCAGUGUCCUUUGACCCCGGCCAAGGUGGCGCCGUCUCCCUCUCCCACUCCCACUCCUUCCAGCCCUGCUCUUCAGACCUCCUCUUCCUCUUCUUCUUCCUCCUCCUCUACCUCAUGUCCCGCACUGCGCCCAAAGGGCCCCGUGGCGCCGGCCGUGGCGGUGACGGCUCCGCAGCAGACCCCCGUGGUUAUGGCCCCCCAGGUCCCGACCCAGGCCGCCUCCCAGCCCGCGCAGCCUCCACCGACGGCCCCCGGAGGACCUAUCGUGUCCCAGGAAAUGCAGGAGAACGUGAAGAAGUGUAAAAACUUCCUGGCCACCCUCAUCAAGCUGGCGUCCCACAAUUCGCCGUCGCCCGAGACCUCCAAGAACGUCAAAGCUCUGGUUCAGGACCUGCUGGAUGCCAAGAUCGAGCCUGAGGAGUUCACCAGCCGGCUGCAGACGGAGCUCAAGUCCUCGCCGCAGCCUUACCUGGUGCCCUUUCUGAAGAAGAGCCUCCCGGCCCUGCGGCUGUCGUUGCUCAACAGUCAGCAGUCGCUGACCCACCCCCCGCAGGGACUCAAACAGGGGCCCGGCGGCGCCGUUCCCACCGCUGUCGGAGGCGGUCCGAACGUCCACGUGCACCACCCGAACAGUGUCAGCACCCCCGCCGGUGCCGUGGGUCAUGCAGCUGCCAUGGGUAUGAAAACCACCGGCCCAGUUGGUGGACAAGUUCGCGUUCCGGUGAUGCUCACACAGUCUGCGAGAGCUCAAGGCACAAUGGGGAAGGUAGGCGCCUUUCAAGCCGGGAGGACUCCAGUUGGCCUGGCUGUCCAGAUCUCGGGCAAUCAGAAAAACAAGCUCAACGACCCCGGAGGAGGCUCGUUCAGGGAUGACGACGACAUCAACGACGUGGCCUCCAUGGCCGGCGUCAACCUGAACGAGGAGAGCGCCAGGAUCCUCGCCACCAAUUCGGAACUGGUGGGCACGCAGAUCCGCUCGUGUAAGGACGAAGCCUUCCUCCACCCGGGACUCCUCCAUCGGCGGAUCCUGGAAACAGCAAAGAAGUUUGGAGUCAUGGACGUCCCCAUGGAGGUGGUGACGUUCAUCUCGCACGCCGCCCAAUCGCGACUUCGAACAGUUGUAGAAAAAGUGUCGGCCAUUGCGCAGCACCGGCUGGACUCCUGCAAGGACGACGAGUGCUACGAGCAGUCGGCGGACGUCCGUUCCCAGCUGCGCUUUUUCGAGCAACUGGAGAGGAUGGAGAAGCAAAGGAAGGACGAGCAGGAGAGAGAGAUCCUGUUAAAAGCCGCCAAGAGCCGCUCCAGGCAAGAGGACCCAGAGCAAGCUCGGCUGAAACAGAAAGCGAAGGAGAUGCAACAGCAGGAACUGGCCCAGAUAAGGCAGCGGGAUGCUAACCUCACAGCGCUAGCGGCUAUUGGACCCCGCAAAAAACGCAAGGUGGACUCGCCAGGGGCCACUCCAUCAGGGACCGAGGUUUCGGUGGGCUCCCCGGCGGGCUCCUCGACCACGCCCGCCUCCUCGUCACGGCAGUACGCCCGGCAGCGCAUCACACGCGUCAACCUCAGGGACAUCAUCUUCUUCAUGGAGCAGGAGAGAGAGACCGCCCACUCGCUGCUCCUCUACCGCGCCCUCCUCAAGUAGCGUCCUCGUCCUCGUCCUCGUCCUUCAGCCAGGUGCCUUCAGAUCAGGUGUCAGCUCUGCGUUGCAGCAGGUGACUUCCUGUCGAGAUUUUCUGAAGAGAAAAGGUUGUUGAUGUCUUAGCUUCAUUGAGGGGCCGCCAUCUUUUUUUUUUAAUUCUUUUUAACGCUUCACAUUUCCUCUUCUCGCCCCAAAGUCUCUGACAUCACGACCAUAUAAGGACGUCCUGUUGCUAUUUAUUCACUUUGUCUUCAUCAAGGAAAAUCAUCUUCCUGGUGUAAAUAAUCCUUACAAUCACCUUAAAAACAAGGAAGAUUUUUUUUUUUUGACAACCGUUGUCAUAGCAACCGCAACACUGAAAAGAAAACUGUUAAAUCACCAAAAUGAAGUGGCCUAAAGCCACAAGAAAAAAAACGUAUUCACUUGUUCAAACAAGUGAAAAAGUUUUAUUUUACCUGCCCUUAAAAGUACGACUUCAUUCCUGAAUGAUAAUUAUUUCCUUAUAAAAAUACAACUUUAAUUUGUGAGAUCAAGAUUUUUAUCUGUGAAAAGAGUAUCAAUUAUAAAAAAAUAAUAAGAUUAAAAAAAAAUUUUUUUGUUUUUACAUACAACUUUAAGUAUUUUUUUUCCCCCGACUAACUUCAAAAAAUAUGGUCAGUAAUUUUAUUUUUUUUAAAAUGAUUUUUUACAAUUAUUUAUUUUUGCACGAUUAUGUUUGAGACAAGCACACAUGUUUUGUUUUUUAUUUUUUAUGCAUUCUAAAUCAUAAACAAACACUAGCAAAAGUCAGCUAACAAUAGAGGAAAUGGAAUUCACUCUAUUCUGCUUAUUAAAGGCUCUAAACACAUCCUACAUUCGAAAGUAUAUAUUAGGGGUUUUCGAAUGAAUCGCAAUUUUCAUUUGUACUUCAAAAAUCCAUCCAUCAAUCCAUUUUCUACCGCUUGUCCCUUUCGGGGUCGCGGGGGUUUCUGGAGCCUAUCGAUUAAUAUACUUAUAUAUAUAUAUAUAUAUAUAUAUGUAUAUAUAUAUAUAUAUAUAUAUAUAUAUAUAUAUAUAUAUAUACUUAUAUAUAUUUUUUGUUUAUAUACCUAUAUAUAUAUACAUAUACAUCUAUAUAUACUUAUAUAUGGAUAUAUAUAUUUAUAUACACACACACAUAUAUAUAUCAAUCAAUCAAUCAAUGUUUACUUAUAUAGCCCUAAAUCACUAGUGUCUCAAAGGGCUGCACAAACCACUACGACAUCCUCGGUAGGCCCACAUAAGGGCAAGGAAAACUCACACCCAGUGGGACGUCAGUGACAAUGAUGACUAUGAAAACCUUGGAGAGGAGGAAAGCAAUGGAUGUCGAGCGGGUCUAACAUGAUACUGUGAAAGUUCAAUCCAUAAUGGAUCCAACACAGUCGCAAGAGUCCAUAUAUAUAUAUAUAUAUAUAUAUAUGUUUUAAUUUUUUAUUUUUUAUCUAUUUUUUUAAAUCUGUCCUGUCCAUUCAGCCAAACAAUAUUGUUGAUGUAGAAAUAAAUUAGUCGCACCGGACUAUUAGCCGCAGUUAUACACCGGUACAACAUAUUUUGUAAAGGUGUAUUAUUUACAUACCUUAAUUGUUUCCAAAUGAUGCUUGUCAUACGGCAGUAAAACGGCUGAUCAGACAAAACAGAAGUCAUUGUCAUGGACCCACGGCCUGCGCAAGCUAGCUGUCCAUUUUUGGUAAAUUCACGAAACUGAAACAUUACAAAAAGUAUGUCUUUGUAAGUUAGUAAUGAUAAUACAGACACUUGUAAACGUGUUAGCAUAUUCAGUAGUGCUAACGAUGCUUGCUUGAUUACAUUACAACAGCACGUAGAAAUAUGCAUUAAAAACUAAUUGUUUUAGUUAUGUUUUAAAACUUACCAACCUUGCUUGGAGCGAUGAAUGAAGAAUCCAUUCGAUUAGAAACGCUAUGGAGGACUAGUCGACGGAAAGGCACUUAUACUUCUGGUUUAAAGCACUAAACAGAUGGGGAUACUGGAGACGAACUCGUCCAAAAGAUAACGCCACAGCACAAACAAUAACACAACUUUUCUGUCUCUGUGGGUGUUUAAUGAAUACUAUUUGUUGAAUACAACACAUUGUGCUCGUUAAAGAAGAAAAAUCUAUCAAUUUGGCCGCACCGUGUUAAAAGGGUGGGGAAAAAAUAACAGCUUAUAGUCUGGUAGUGUGUCUGUGUUAUCCUUUAUAAUAUGAAUAUUGAUAAUAAUAAUAAUAAUUAUAAUAUAUUUUAUUUGUAAAUAAAAAACCUCUACAUUGAUUAAACAAACUCAAAGUGCUAGUGUAUUAAAAACAAUAAAAAUAUAAUAAAAAUAAAUACAAAUAAAAACAACAGCCAAAUAGCUAAAACUAGUAUGUAUAUAAUAAAAAUUAAAAAUAAAGGCUUUUUUAAAAAGAAAGGGUUUUUAAGCCUUUUUUUAAAAAGCAUUCACAGUCUGUGGUGUCUUCAGGUGGUCAGGGAGAGCGUUCCACAGACUGGGAGCGGCGGAGCAGAAAUCAAUAUUGCUAAUACUUGGUUCAUAUGCAGGUCACAAUAUGUAGAUGGUGUAUUUUUGGCCGUUUUGGGAUGUUUUUUAGAGUAAAAAUAGUCCCGUUACUUGCCAUAUUAUACUAAUUAAAAUGUAUAAAAAAGAAAAACAUGUGUUCUUGUCUCAUAUAAGGAUUGGGAAUGAUAAGGAAAAAAAUAUAUAUAUUGCAGUUUGCUUUUAACAACACUUAUCCCCUCCCCUCUAAAGGGGUCAUGUUGGGAUUUAUUUCUACAUUGAAAACACUUCCUUGUGGUCUACAUAACAAGUAAUGCUGGUUUUGUUGGUCAAAAUGUUACAUCGAUUAUGUUUUGCAAUCAUAUUCAAGACGCUUUAUGGCCAUCUCUUCAGAAUGUAACGUUUUGUGGUCGGUCUUAAUUAUGUGCCUCCAUUUCGACAGCGUCUUCUCCCCGUCAUCUUUGUUGUAGUUAUUAGCGCUUCCACAGCGAGUCUACUGACAGAUAUAAGUUAGAACUUUACGCGGUUUUGCAAUACAAAUAACAACAGUGGAGGAUGCAUGUGCUUGUACGAGCCAGUCUGCCCCACUACAAGAGGAUAGGAGCUUACUGGCUACAGUGGCGGACUAGUGCAAAGGUCUUUGGGUACAUUUUUUGCAUCUAUGGAAAUAUCUGCCGAUGUAGGACAUGGAAGGCAAGAUUGUUUUAUAAACAUCUCUGUCAUGCCUUCACAUUUCCGGGACUUCUGCAGACCCCAAAUCCACAAAAACAGGCACUAAUUGGCAAGAAAAGUUGCUUAUGGAUAAUAGGCCCAUUUUUUUCCAAUUUUCU